AUGCAAGAAAAUAAAGGAUAUCGAUGGAUAAUAUCGAUGGAUUUGACAUUUUUAUUUCCAGCCAUUCCGCACUUAAAUACAAAUCAAGAAGUUUAUGCCCCUUCACAAUACCAACAACCGCAACCUCAACAACAACAAAUAUAUUCACAGCAAUAUCCAGCAGAACAUUUAAUACCCCCAGAACAACAACAACAACAAUAUACUCCCCCACCAAUCCCUCAAUUAUCUUUUCGUUCACCCAAUGGCCAGUAUUCUCCGAUUUGGGCUCCAGCAGGCGUUGCUUUUGCAGUACCUGCCCCAGCACCGGCAAAUGCGGGUUAUGCUUACUAUGCUCCAAACACUCCUAGCAAUAAUUUCCAACAAGGAAACGGUUAUGACAAUACAUACAAUCAACAACAACCUAGAAAACCUCCUGUUUUACUUGUUGGCAACUUCCCACCUUCAGCAACUGUUAGACCUACAAUUAAUCCUUUUCUGUUUCACCAAACACAAAGUCCAGCAAUUACACGAUAUUCACCACCAUUUGGUGUUCCACAACAAUUUUACAACACACCACCUCCACCUGCUUAUCAGCCCUAUGGGCAACAAGAACAAUAUGGACAACAAUCGCCCCGACCGUCUCCUCCAAUUAAUAGACAACCUGGUUAUGAACAAGGAAUACCACCAGAAAUACCUGGAAGACAACAACCUGGUGAAUAUGAAGUACCCGAAAUAUCUCAACCGCGAUUGCCAGGAAGGAUUCCUGGACAAGUUCCCGGGAGAUUUCCUGGAAGACCAGAAGUGUCACAGGAACGACUGAACAAGUGCCUGGAAGAGUUCCAGAAGUUCCUGGAUUCUCAACUCCGUCUGCUACAGCUUUUACACAUGGAGCAACAUCACCGCCGCCUGGAGUUACUCCGCCACCAGUGCCGACUACAGGAUUAA